UAUGUUAGGACUUCUUCGUACUCUAAGUCAAUCAAGAUCAAUCAAUGGAGAUGCAUUUGAAUCAUUGUCCAUACUGAUAAAAAAUAAUAGAUAAGCUGACAUAUUAGUUACUAAUUUAUUAUUUCGACCAAUGAUUGUAUUCCUAAAACCAAAAUACUAUCGAAUAUUCAUGCAAUAAUAUUAAGAUUAUAGUAAAUUCCAUAUGAUAGUUGACAAAAGAUUGAUAUCAAAAGGCAUGCUUAUGGAAGAAGGAGCAAAGUGGAAGUAAUAAAGAAAUCUUUUAGGUGCUCAUUUCGAAUAUAAUAAGCUAAUUAACCUUAUACCAAUGAUAAAUGAUGUAGCCUAAAAGAAAUUGGCUAAUUUACCAAAUGAAAUAUUCCCAGCUAUGAAUAUAGCCUCUUCAAUUACAGGUGAAGUUGUACUCAAGGCCUUUUUUGGUGAGGAUAUUGCUAAAUUAAGUCUUAAUGGACAAGAUCCUUCAUUAUGUGUCACAUAAUUAAUCACUCGAUUUGGAUAAUUAAUUACUGAGUCUAGAUUCUUUCAAAUAAAGAGAGCAUUACUUGAAGAAAAAGUAUUCAGUGUAUUUCCAAGAAAAAUAGAAUAAGAUUUAUAUGAAUUAAAUACUAUUAUGCUUGAUCAUAUGAAAAAGGCAAUAAAAAGUAGAAUGGAAAAAUUAAAAAAUUGUAAGAAUAUUGAACAUCAGGAUUAUCUAGAUGUUUAUUUAGAUGUUUACUUAAAUAAAAAUGAUUCUAUGAAUCCUCCCAUAACUGAAGAUGAAAUUCUAUAAUAAUCUAUAACACUUUACUUUGCAGGAACUGAAACUACUGCUAAUUUAGUUACUACAGCUUGUUAUUUCUUAGCUGAAAAUCAACAACUUUAAGAAGAAGUUUAUUAGGAAAUACUUGGAGUAUUAAAUGGAGAAUAAAUAAUCACUGCUAAACACUUAUAAAAUCUAUAAAAAGUUACAGGAUUUUUAAUGGAAUGUCUUCGAUUAAAACCAGUUGCUCCUAUGUUAAUAUCUAAACAAGCAUAAAAGGAUAUAUAUAUUAAUGAUAUAUUCAUUAAAAAAGGUAGAUAUUUGAUAAUAUUAAUGUAUAGGAUGGUAUGUUAAUUAUAUGGUAUUAUCAAAUGCAUAAAAUAAUAAAUACUUUUCUAAUCCAACAUAGAUUGAUAUUACAAGAUGGAAAUCUGAUGGGACUCUAAAUGAUUCAACUAUUGAUCCAUUUGCCUUUGUGCCAUUCUCAGCUGGAGGUAGAAAUUGUAUUGGACAAUAUCUUGCCAUAAUUGAGAGUAAAAUUGUCAUCUCAAAAAUACUGUUAAAUUAUAGAUUAAAAUUAAAUGAGAAAAUUAAAAGAGCAGAGUGGAUAGCUAAAAUUACUUAUGGUUUAUCAAAUCAAGAUUACAUAAAAUGGGAGACAAGAUGA